AUGAUGCAUGGAAUCGAUGAUAAUCAAGACCUGGAGUGCCUUUUGACGGUUGUGAAACUUAUGGUGAAUGGCCUUUUACCUCCUUCAGAACUAUGCCCUUCCAUCAUAGCUAUCUUCGAGCAAGAAGAAGGGAGAUCACUCACCGGAUGUAUGAUCGGAUCCAACACAGUAGGAGCAAGAAUCUUCGAAGCUAGCUUGAAUAUUACGAAAUACCGUGGCGAGUUACACCAGAUGGCCAUUCUUAUGGAUCGAAUCGAGAGGUUGCCCGCUGAGCUGAUAAACUUGAUCAUUCAAAUCGGACUUUUCUCAGACCCAUUGGGCUCCCACGACCACCUUCAUACAUUUCGAGCAUUGAGUCAGGGGAACCAGCAUCCUCAGUUUCAGACCAGUAUUGCUGCUGUUCUUGCAAUGUCAUCUACUCGUGAGAAUAUCUAUCAAUAUUGGAAAGUCUAUUAUGAUUUUGAUCACGUUUCUGAACGCGCAAGCCUCGAAAACCAGGCAGAUUUUGACUUACCCACGUGGCUAGCUCAAGAUUGUAAAGCGUGCUUGGAAUUUCUUCUUAGCUCCCAAGUCCUUCCUGUUUCAUCCUACAAUUCAAAAGAAAACAACUUACUUUGGCAUUGCUGGAGAACAAAGAACAUCAAGGCGGGAGCUCUUAUAAUAUCCUCUAUGAGUUCCAAGGAAUUGUUCAAUCUUGUUCGUAUUUGGGGUGACCCAUUUGAACCAAAAACAAUCAUUAUGAUAUGUACUUGGCAUCUAGAUUGGUUCAAAACAUGCUUGGGUGUCAUAAAGUCGGACCAGGACGUCAGUCUGUCGUCGCUUGGCUCCGAAGGAAUCUACAAUAUUUGCAAGUUUGCCGAUAUUCAUAUGGCAAACGAGUUGAUGUGCAGCCGUGGUCUUGAUCUGGGGAAUCCUUUGGAGGGACAUGAAUUGCCUGGAUGGGCAUCACUGGUUUCAAAUUCCAACGCAGUGGAAAUGGGGAACUGGUUCAUUUCACGUGGUCAUCGUGCUCCUGCCAACCUAGUUACGAGGAUAGCUAUGAAUUGGAGGAGCACUGAACUUGCUUAUUGA